AGGGAGAAAAGGGAAUUCUCCGAAGUGAUCGCUUAUAUUUGCUGCUGAUGCGGAAGACACAUCAACGAAUACACUGAGUGACAAUUUCUGUUGCCUUUUUUGCAAAGCGUUAAAGCGCAGCGAAAAUGGAGCUACCCGCCGCGGGAGAGCACGUCUUUGCGGUGGAGAGCAUCGAAAAGAAACGGAUUCGAAAGGGCAGGUUUGAGUACCUGGUGAAGUGGAGAGGGUGGUCGCCGAAAUAUAACACGUGGGAGCCGGAGGAAAAUAUUCUCGACCCGCGACUCCUUGUCGCUUUCCAAAACAGAGAAAGACAGGAGCAGCUUAUGGGAUAUCGCAAAAGGGGGCCCAAACCCAAGCACCUACUUAUGCAGGUACCCUCUUUUGCACGGAGAUCAAGUGUCCUCUCUGGCCUUCAAGAGACAUCUCAAGAUGACGACAAACGACACAAAGCAGAUCCUGCGCAAACUUUAUGCUCGCAGUCCCAGCAGUAUCAGCUGAACAGCAAAAAGCACCAUCAGUAUCAGCCCAACUACAGAGACACUUUGGCAGACCAGCAAUCCAAUGGGAAAAAAAAAUUCUACUACCAACUCAACAGCAAAAAACAUCAUCAUUACCAACCAGACCCCAAAAUGUACGACUCUCAGUAUCAGAGGGUCAAGGAGACCAAAGUGCCUGAGAUUGCUAGUAAAGGCUGGAACUUGCCCCCUGCACUGCAGCAGAAAUGGGUUCGGGACAAAGACUCUGGAUGCCUGAGCAAAGUGAGGGAUAUUACCAUGGAGCUGAAGAAGCUUCCAGCAAACCUCAAUGGUGGCAGUGAGCCAGAAAUGAAGUCCAACUCCAAGGAGGAUGCACCGCCAAAUGGUAUAAGCAGCAAGUUGAAAAUUGUAAAGAACAAGAAUAAAAAUGGCCGCAUUGUCAUCGUGAUGAGCAAGUACAUGGAAAACGGCACACAAGCUGCCAAAAUAAAAAAUGGGGAAGCAGAAGUAGGGGAGAGGUCACAGCAGGAGAACCAGUCUGUCGCCAGCAGCACAGAGAACACUGUGGAUACGUCAAAGCAUUCUAAGACGCAAAGCCUCCCUGACAACACUCUCAAAAAGGACAGUAAAGAUGAGGGCCCAGCUUCUUCAUCUGAACGUUCUAAUGGACAUUCCCCUGUUGAACUGGAUAAUUCUCUAAAAUCGAGGUCACCAGGAAUUGAGCAAAACAAGUCGAAGGAGGUAAAGAAUCAAGAGGAAGUCCCAGAUAAUCAACCCUUGCAACUGACAACCAAGCUCAGCUUGACUCCGCAGUCUUUUGAGAUGAAUGCGCCAUCCCAUAAGGCUCAAGGAAGUACACAGUCUGCCCAAAAUGCUACUGUCUCUGCCCAUAAGCGUCGCUUCUCAGAACCUGAUGAGGACAGAGUUGAGGUUAAAAAGUUCUUUAGCUCUAGGAGUAUAAGUGCCCCCAGCACUGUGACUCUUGCUAAAGUCAACAACGUGCACCUGAAUGGUCAGAACCUCUCUAACGGGCAUGACUUUGAAUUCCAGGACUCCAACCAAGAGGAGCCAAUAGAUCUUAGCUGCGUGCGAUCGAGAAUGGAAAGGAAUGUGUCCACAACUAGCCCCAUGAAUGCUAACCCAAAGCCCACUGAGACAGAAUCAGUGACAGUGGCAAAGCCAAGACAGACAGAGGAAGAACCUGUCCCAAGCUUUACACCUUUUCUGGGGAAUAUAAUAAUUACAGAUGUAACUGCAAACUGUCUCACUGUGACGUUUAAGGAGUAUGUCAUGGUGUGA